AUGUAUGUUGUGCCUCCGCCUGAACGAUCCGGUUCGGGAUCCGACCGUGAUUUAAGGGUUUACCAAACUUGGAAAGGCAGCAAUAUAUUCUUUCUUCAGGGAAGGUUUGUAUUCGGGCCAGACGUAAGAUCAUUGGCCCUGACAAUAUGUCUCAUCGCUGUUCCCGUUACAAUUUUCUGCAUAUUUGUCGCGAGGAAGCUAAUGGAUGACUUCUCUGAUAGCUGGGGAGUAUCUAUAUUAGCUGUUGCCGUUGUCUUCACCAUUUAUGAUUUAAUUCUUCUACUGGUUACAUCCGGAAAAGAUCCAGGAAUCAUCCCGAGAAAUGCUCAUCCUCCAGAGCCUGAAGCUUUUGAAGGCAACAUGGAUGCAGGAGCUGGCCAGACUCCUCAGUUGCGGCUGCCUCGCAUUAAGGAAGUAGAGGUUAAUGGAAUCACAUUUAAGGUCAAGUACUGUGACACUUGCAUGCUCUAUAGACCUCCUCGCUGUUCCCAUUGCUCCAUUUGUAACAACUGCGUUGAAAAGUUUGACCAUCACUGCCCUUGGGUUGGCCAGUGUAUUGGUCUGAGGAACUACCGAUUCUUCUUCAUGUUUGUCUUCUCCACGACACUUCUCUGUAUAUAUGUGCAUGCCUUCUGCUGGGUCUAUAUAAGGAAGAUCACUGAAUCAGAGCAUACAACUAUUUGGAAGGCAAUGCUCAAAACUCCUGCCUCCAUUGUAUUGAUAAUCUACACAUUCAUAUCGAUGUGGUUUGUUGGUGGCUUAACAGCUUUCCAUCUAUAUCUCAUCAGCACAAACCAGACUACAUAUGAGAAUUUCAGAUACAGAUAUGAUAGACGAAGCAACCCACACAACAAGGGAGUGGUUAACAACUUCAAAGAAACGUUUUGCUCAGCAAUCCCUCCUUCAAAGAAUGACUUUAGAGCCUUGGUCCAUCGUGAACCUCCGUUGCCUCCUAGAUCUGUUGCAGGUGGGUUUAUGAGUCCGAACAUGGGUAAAGCCAACGAUGAUAUUGAGAUGGGAAGGAAAGCUGUUUGGGCAGACAUGGGUCCUGCAAUGUCAGAGCAUGGUAACAAUGAACGGUUGCAUGUUAAGGAUGGUGAGUUAGGCGAGCUAUCUCCUGACGUUAGGACAACAGUUGAUGAACAGAGGGAUAGGCCUGGUGUGCAUCCAAGGCGCUCAAGCUGGGGAAGGAAAAGCGGGAGCUGGGAUAUGUCGCCAGAAGUUAUGGCCUUGGCAGGACGAGUAGGAGGAGAACAACACCAGAACCGUGGAGGAAGCAGCAGUGGAAGUGGUUUAGUGACUGAGAACCGGCAUACAUAGUCAGAUACACGGUUUAGCAAGGAAGGAAGACAGAACAGACUCCCCAAGUUGGGUAUGGUGAAUACAGGGUUAGUGGGAAUCUGAAUGGUGUUUUUUUCUUUUGGAUUAUUCAGCUUAAAAUCAGUUUAUUCAAAGCUUAUGGAGGAAAAGAAGCUCCUAAUGUGGAAAGUGUUUGUGUUGGCUUUGUUGUGGUAAGCAAAAAAGGUUGGAUUGGUGUGUUGUUUUACUUGUUUGUAUGAGUGAGCUUCUUCUGUAUUUUUUAGACUCUUUUUUUUUUCUUAGCUAUGUUCACUUCAAACAUUUAACCAGAGAUGUGUUUUGAACUAAAAACAAAAAUAAAUAGAGAAAAAGGGUUUCUCUGUUA